AUGGCGCCCGCCACCGCGUCCAAGGACACGGCCGCAUCGGCUGAUGUUCAGUCGUGGCGGACCUCGACGAGAGGCAUCGGCCCCAGACUCGCGGCAACGUUCUCCUGGCUGACCCUUUCGACUGCGACAUUCGCCUUCAUGACCACUUCCCGCAGGAAAGAAUGGGCCGAUAUCUGCCUCGAUUACUGCUACUCCAAGCGCGCGUUCUGCGCCCCGUCUGUGUAUGACCGGCUCUUUGCGUUCUUGAAGAAAGUUCCAAAAUAG